UCCUUCCUCCUUCACCGCGCCUUGCUCGGUGCGAAACAGCGGCGGAGGCUACCGGAGGUUCCCACACACUCACACCGCCGAGAGGAGCGCUCAGCCCGUGCCCGGAGUCCGCGUCAGGUCGCCUGUGUUCGCUGGUCGUCCUGUGGAGGAAGCACACCGGGGGGCGUUUGGGUGGAGCUCCGGUCCGGUCUGAGGAAUGUAACGGAGGUUUUACCAACUGGAAGGAAGUUUGACCGACGGUACGUUGAGAAGAGAGGAGUUCAGCUGCAAAGUGAGGAGGUUCAGAUUCCUCCUCUUUCCCACCUCCUCUCAUCCUUGAACCUUUACCUUUGACCCCACCCCUCUCCAACAAUGGCUCACCGGUCUCAGAGUUCAUCGAUUGGUGAUAACCCCCUUGACCCAAACUAUCUGCCUCCUCACUACCGGGAGGAGUAUCGUCUGGCCAUUGACGCUCUGAUAGAAAGUGACAUAAAGGGCUACUAUGAAUUCCUCCAGCACGCUGACGUGGUUGGUUUCCUGGCACAGCCGGAAAUCGAACAUAUCAAGUCCACAAUCCAAGUGCCCAACCAGACCUCUGGCAUCCCAGAGCUGAUGUACCAUGAGGGAGGUCAAGAUGCCGAUGGCUCCUCCGACACCUACUGGCCAAUGCAGUCCGACACGGCUGCCCCGGGGCUGGACCUGGGCUGGCCGCUGCUGCAGCACAGCUUCGUUGGGCCGACAGAGGUCACCACUCUGGUCAACCCCUCGGACCCCGACAUGCCGAGCAUCAAGGAGCAGGCCAGGAGACUCAUCAAGAAUGCUCGACAAGUUAUUGCUGUGGUGAUGGACAUGUUCACAGAUGUUGACAUUUUUGCUGACCUCUUGGAUGCAGCAGCACGUCAUGUUGCUGUUUACAUUUUACUGGAUGAGCAAGAUUGUCACCACUUUGUCUCUAUGGUUAUCAGCUGCAAAGUCAACUUGGAAUUAAUUCAUAUGAUGCGUGUCAGGACUGUGGCAGGAAUAACCUACUACUCCCGGACAGGGAAAUCAUUUAAGGGGCAGGUGAAAGAUCGUUUCUUAUUGACUGACUGCAGGGCAGUGCUCAGUGGAAACUACAGUUUCAUGUGGUCCUAUGAGAAGAUCCACCGCUGCAUUGCCCACCUCUUCCUUGGGGAGCUGGUUGCCUCCUUUGAUGAGGAGUUUCGCAUCCUCUUUGCUCAGUCAGAGCCUCUAGUCAUUGACCCAUCCAAUGGAGCACUUGCUCUCUCUGACACCAGCAGCACCAGCAGUUACUUGAGUAGCCAGUUCGGUUUGAAGAGGACCCAGUCUUUGCGUAACCCCAUAGGCUACCGCAGGCAGCCUGAGAUUCCCUCUGCCUUCCCCUAUGGGGACUCUGAUCGUAACCCCGCAAUUGGCUUCCGGAGGAAUGACCCGUUUCGUCACACAAUCGAACCUGGGGCAGGAAUUACAAUUGGGAAGUAUUCACAGCAACAGUUUCGUUUGCAGCAAUCAUUCCUAGAGCAGGGAAGAUCCAUAGUUUCCAGGCAGAUGGAGAUGAAUAGCAGUGCCUUCAAGAGGCACAGCUAUGCAGAAGGCACCCAGGAAAACUACACAUCUUCAAGGCAAUACAUGAAGCACAGAGUCAUGAACAACCUGGACGAGACAGACUUCCAGAGGGAACAAAUUCAAAGUAGUCAUUACUAUACUGAAGGGCCUGGGCCUGGUUCUGGCCACGGACACUACGACAGACUUCGAGGCCGUUCUCCACAACUCGCCAUCGACCAGUAUUCAGACUCAAGCUAUCGCUCAGAUCUUGAGCCUCCACCUGGAAACUAUGGCAGAGACUACUUUUCAUCUGAGGACCUGGGAGGACCUGAGGGGCACCCGGCCGUUCCAUUAGCUGGGAGGUAUGGAGGAGGAUCAUUCCAUAAGAGGCCAACGAUAGGUCAGGCGUAUGCUUGUCAGAGCUCACCGACACAGCCUCAUCUACCAGAGAAGAAACAGUACAACAAACAAUCUGAUCAAGAAUAUGAUCAAGACACAAGCGCGAAGCAAGGCCUGAGGAGUUGGAGAAUCCACUCCUAUCUUAGCACUUACGAGGAUGGUGGAGAAGAAGGCCUGCCUCAACCUAUGGGGCCUGAUGCGUUUGACGAGCCUCCACAACCUCAGCAACCAACAGCAACUGAAAAUUCAGCUCAACGCUUUGGAAUAAAGGAGCCACCAAAUGUUCCCCCCAAGCCCAGACCAGAUAUCUUGAAACCACGCUUUGGAAAGCCUAAAUUACCUGAGACUACUAAUAAAGACUCUUCCAUGCUAUCUUCCAGGGAUUUACUUCCCUCACGCAGUGAUUUUAGGCCAUCUGUACUGGAGAAAAAAGACAGAGAAGUGGAGAAGGAAAAGGAAAAAGAGUCAGGCAAGGGUGCAGCGAGAGAGGAGGAUGCAGAUAUGGAGGUGAAAGAGUGUCCAGAUCUCUUCCUGUCUAAACACGAAUCAUUCCGCUCACGAAUUAACCCACUUCUUCAACGUAGCUCUCGUCUGCGGUCUUCGCUUAUAUUCUCGUCUUCCAAGGCAGAGAUACACAGUGGUAGCUUAGGUCUAAAACCAGCUACAGAGGAAGAUGAGGAGUUGGACACAGGACGCACUUCCUCGAUUGUGGCCCAGAUUCUAGAAAAGAGGAGGUCAUGGUCUCGUGAGCCUUUUGAUUGGCGAAAGAAAGCUGAAGAAAAAGACAAGGAGAAAGAAAAGGAGGAGAAAAAGAAAGAAGAAGAAGAGAAGGAGAAACAGCAACAGAAAGAGGAAAAGGAGAUACGAUUGAAAGAUGAGAUUAAAGAAGAACCUCAGAAAACUGACAAAGAAGUAAAGAUAACACCAGCUGUGGAAAACCCUGAAGUCACAACAUUGUCAUCUUUGAGCAUGAAUGACCCAGCCAGUCGACUGCAGUAUUUCAAAGACCUGGCUGCCAAGAGAAAAGCCUCAAAAAUGGAGACGGAGACAUCACUAAAAGCCCCAGAGCCUGCUGAAAAAAAGCCAGAUCUUUCUGAUAAACCUCCUCUUGACACUGCAACAACUUCAAACAUCUCAACUGUCUCCAAUAGUUCUGCAGAAUCUCAACCAAAAAGGCCAGAUAUCACUGCAAAACUAGCAGAGCUCACUCGCAGACCUUCGUUUAGUUCUUCAAAACCACCAAUAAUCACUGCCAAGCCUUUUACAAGCUCCUUGAAGACUUCAGAGACAUUGAAACCUCAUAAAGAGGACAAUGCAUCAGAAGGUCAAAAGAAAGACAUAUUCAAGUCUCUGAAGCCUCUCCCUUCACCUAAGAUCUUUAAGAGGGAACCAUUGAAACUUAAAGGGCUCAAUCCUCGUCGCAUCUCCUGUGGUGAGGAGAUUCUAACCACAGAUGCUACAGAUGCAGAGAAGACUGAACUGAAAAAGAAACGCUCUCAUAGUUCUUCAACUCUGCCACACGAGGGUUCUAAGGAAGGACUGCAAAAGUUUAUGGGAUCUAACACAUCGAUCAACACAAUUGGCGAGGGAAAGGGUGAAGGCAAGACACUCGACUUCCUAAAGAAGCAGACUCAGAGGCUAAAGGGAUUCCUGGGGCCAAAAGAUAAAGAUAAGAAAACAUUGGGUGACGAUAGGGGCAUGAGUGUGGUCAGAGAGGUCACUGAUGAUUCAAGCAAAAAGCAAAGCUCAUUAGCAAAAGAUGCAGCAUCUACCACUGCUGACCAAAUCUCAACCAACCACAAAACAUCAGCUGGGACAUCCGUCACGUCCCGAUACCAACCCCAGGGCAGCUCUGUUUUGUUCAGUAGCAACCUACGAGAUGACACCAAAGUUAUUCUGGAGCAAAUCUCCAUCAACAGCCAGAAAAACCGUCACGAGCGAGAGGAAACGGGAGGGGACAGAGAUGGUGAUGCCGGAGAAAAGGUGACGGAGAGUCAGAGCACUCUAAAAAGGAAUCGAUUUCUGCGACCGGCAGGCAACAACCAGGAGCGGGAGGGAUUACUGAAGAGGAUAGAGAGCCUGAGGAAGGAGAAGAAGGUCUACAGCCGCUUUGAGAUGGGGAAUAGCCUGGGAUAACGAAAGAUGGAGGAGCGACCUUUAAUAUGGAAACUAUUUAUGCAAGAUGAUCAAAAACACCACAUGUGCCAACAACACUAUCAAAGUACCUCUGAGGCCCCACACGGCAUCCUUUUCUGGAUUCUCACAAGAAGUUCUAAAACUUGAAAAGACUAUAUAUAAAAAUGCUGGAAACAAACAAAAGUCAUUCAGGUUGGAAUAUGCCUGUUUGCCAAGACCUGGUACAACUUUGUCCUUAUAUGGUGACUGAGAGAAACAAGAGGGACUCUACUUGCAUACUGGCUGCAUGGGCUAAUGUUUCACCAAACAGAGAAAGGUAGGGUAAUUUACCCACAACUGAGCUUGUAUGAAUGUGACUGAGGGGCACAGAGAGGAGAAAGACAGCACAUGUUGCACGGAAGAGAGACAAUAGAUGCAUGCCAUGUGUAGCUGAGACUUGUUGAUAUAUAAAAGGGAGAAAAUGUCCUUGUUGAUCCACCAUGUGCCAAUGCCCCAUCACGGGAAUUACCAAAGCUAGAGGAUUAUUAUUAUCAUCCCAGACCAACCGACAAAGAUGAGGAUAUGUAGAGAAAUAAAAUGAGAUGACCAACUUAUGAAGAGUGAUAAAGGGCAAGUUUGUGAGACUAUAGCGACUGAAGAAGAGAGGCAAAAUCCGAAUCUAAAAAUGAGAAAUGUUUUCUGUAAUAUAUAAUGAUAACUUUGCAGCAGUACAGUUUGAACAUAAAGUAGAGGCUGUAGUGAACUUUACCCUCCCAAGGGAGUGUAAUUUACUUUUCCAUCAAGGUGUGGAUCCACUUCUCUGGGUUGAAGAUGUGAAAUAACCAUUCAGACAGGGGACCUAAGAGUUUUCAUGGUCAGAGGAGUGGCAUUAACAAUGUGUACGAGUAUUUGCUUAAGGUAAUGUAAAUAAAAAUGCAAAGCAUUGACAGCUGCCCCGAUUCACUGUAAAAAUAGUUUCUCUUUCUUUCCUGACCUUUAAAACCAGGCAUUACCACUAGAAGAAAGCAGUAGAAAAAGGAUGGGUAUUUUCUGCAGUACUGGAGCCGCGCCAUGCCUCCUUACAUAAGUCACUUAACUUGAAAGACCUACACCCUGCACAGGGCUCUAAACUCCUUUGUUGGUCUGUAAACACAAUUAAACCAAAGACUUAGUUAUACGAUACAGAUCCAUGCUGCUCGACAGCUCGGCUGGACUUCAAACCAUUUUAGUCUUUAGUGUGUUUUUUGUAGAGUUCGUCAAAAGACUGGAUAAACUAUUUCUUUUUGGACACUUCAGGGUUUAUACUGUUUUCUAUAGAGGACUGUAUUGUACAUAUUUAUAUAAAACUCAGCUUGUUGAUAUUUUAAGUAACAAACUAGAUUGUGAUCUCCCUCACUGCGCCAUGAAAGUGCCUUGUGUUUAUUUUGAAUUAAUAUGUAAGUAUGUGGUAUUGGCUGUAAAAAAUUUAUUGGCAUUAAUUGGGGAAAUCAGCUACACAGGGUCAAUGUGUUCUGUCUUUUUUAAACCUCAGAUAGUAUUACAUUGUAUUUGAAAUACUGCAAAAAAGUCUUUUAUUAAAUCUCUUUAAAACUGA